AUGUCAGCACCAUUAAACACGUUAACGUUCUGUUUGGGUGGUGGUAGGGGAGAGAUAGAUGCAUGCAAGGAACAAUUCAUCGAGCGUCUUAAAAGCGCAGUUGCUAUUCCAAGCGUUUCCGUAGAGGCAUGUCAUCGAGCAGAUGUUGUGCGUAUGGUUCAUUUCGUUCAAAAGGAACUCGAGAAAUUGGGUGCAAAAGUGGAGCUGCAUGAGUCUGGCGAGCAGGUAAUGCCAGAUGGUACUCGAUUAGAACUGCCUCCGAUAGUGUUCGCAACGUUGGGUCAAGACAAGUCGAAGAAAACUUUGCUUGUCUACGGGCAUUUGGAUGUUCAACCAGCUCACAGAGAAGACGGUUGGAAAACGGAACCGUUCGAACUUGUGCAGAAAGAUAAUAAGUUAUUUGGACGAGGCUCAACUGAUGAUAAAGCACCUGUAAUCGGCUGGAUUAACGCUAUCGAAACACUUCAAAAGUUGAAAAUUCGAAUCCCUGUCAACAUUAAGUUUUGUUUCGAAGCAAUGGAAGAGAGUGGUUCAGAAGGGCUUGAGGAAGCAUUACGGGCCAGAAAAGACACAUUCCUUAAAAACGUCGACUUUACUUGCAUAUCCGAUAAUUAUUGGUUAGGCAAAAAUAAACCAACCAUCACAUAUGGACUCAGAGGUGUUUGCUAUUACUAUAUGGAGAUCACUGCCGUUCACCAAGAUCUACACUCUGGCGUAUUCGGUGGUGUUGUCUACGAACCAAUGGCAGAUGUUGCAUGGAUGAUGAGUCAGUUAAGUGAUGUAAACGGAAACAUCAAAAUUGAUGGUCUUCUUGAUCUAGUAAGACCCCUGACUGACGAAGAGCACAAGCAUUAUGAGACAAUCGAGUUUGAUCAAGAAGAUUUUCGUCGAGGACUCAAUGCACCGAAGCUGCAAAAAGAAAAGAAAGCCGAUAUUUUAAUGCACUUAUGGAGGUAUCCUUCACUUAGCCUUCACGGUAUCGAAGGAGCGUUCAGCGGAGCAGGUGCGAAAACAGUUAUACCAGCAAAGGUGAUCGGUAAAUUCAGCAUUCGUAUAGUGCCCGAUAUGUUACCUGCUAAAGUCGAUAAACUUGUUCUGCAUCAUCUUAACAAACUUUGGCACGAGAGAGGAUCGCCCAAUCACUUCAGAGCAUUCAGUCAUCAUUCGGGCGAUUAUUGGCUAUCAGAUUUCAAACAUCCGCAUUAUCAGUGCGGCGUUCGUGCCACAAAAACCGUGUACAACGUUGAACCGGACUUCAUCCGCGAGGGUGGCAGUAUACCGAUAACGUUAACCUUCGAAGAACUGACUGGCAACAACGUAAUGCUGCUUCCGAUGGGUGCCAGUGACGAUAUGGCACAUUCAAUAAACGAAAAAAUAAAUAUCAGAAAUUAUAUCGAAGGCACUAAACUUCUUGGUGCAUAUCUUCUGGAACUUGGCUCUCUUUAAAUGAUUCCCGUUGCCGUCAUUCUAUUGUUGUCAUUUUUUCAAGUGUUCUUAGUUCAGUGACUUUUUGUUCUAUGUUUUAUGUAUUGUAGGGCCGUUUGUUUGAUAUUGCUGAGUCAUGUGUUCAUCUCUUUUUUUAAAGUGUCAAUUAAAUAUAGAGCAAUAUUGCAACGGGCAUUUACCAUUUUGUUUUGAAAGUGAACAAUUGUUUUGUUUGG